ACGACUUGUCGGCACACUACGCGAUGGACGAUUACGACACAUUCUCUGCAGCUCAAGAUGAGCAAAUCUCGUCAACUCAGUUGGACCCGUUAGCUCCAACUGACCCUACAUUACGUGCAGAACAGGAAAAAGACAAGACGAAAAUAAAAAAGAGAACAGCAGCCAUCUCACUUGACCCCAAGCUCCUUUUAGGAGACAAGGGCCUUUCACGGCUUCGGCGACAAGGAAAAGUCAUGAAGUUUUAUGGCAAAGGACGCGAGGAUGAAGACUUGAAGCGGAUCAUGGAAUUUUACCAAAUGUGGGCUCAUAGCUUGUACCCACGUCUAAACAUGAAGGAUUUUUCUGACCGAGUAGUCAAGGUUUGCAGCAAACGCCAGUGCAAGGAAACACUGAAUGUAUGGAGACAGGAGUUGGUAGAAAACAAAUCAGUAGAAAGCAUGGAAGGCGGAUUUACAGGAAUAACCAUCGAAGAUGAUGCCAAUGAAACGAAUGCUAGCAGAAGUGCCGGUGUAGAUGAUAUCUGGGGGAGCGCUGCAAAUCCCCCAACCGAUCCAUUUUUCCAAUCGCUAAGCCCAUCGUCGCCGCCGCCCAGUGUUUCUACGGCAUCGACUGAUCAACAAUCUGUGUCAUUGACGGAGGAGCAGAAGAGAAAAAUAGACGAAAAUAGGUUGAAAGCCCUCGCCAAACGACGUGCGCAAGUUUCCAAUCCCACAUCGACUCCAUCAAAUCAGACACAGGAGAUGCACUGGGAUGAGUUAGAAGAUAUGGAAGCUCAAGCGGAAGAAGAGUACGAAGAUCCUGCAGAGGAAUACGUCUAGUUAUAUGUAUCAUAGUUGAAAUUUGACAUUGGAUUUAUAACCUUUGUCAAUCUUGUAUAUUGUCGUUUAAAUAAACAAAGAAAGAACGAAAAAGGGAAAAAGUCAAAGAGUUGGGAAGGAUACUUC